AUCACAUGGCAGCAACUCAAUGCAUUUAAGCAUGUAAACGUGGACAAGAUGAUCUGCCACAGUUCAGACCGAGCAUCAGAAUGGAGAAAAAAGUAAAGUUGAGUCUCCUGAGCUCACACGGUCAGCCGCGUUCAAAAUUGACAAGAAGUCUCCCCCGCUGCCUGGUUGAUCUUCCCCCACCCCACUGGAUUAAAGUCUUCAGGCUGAAGAUGCUCCCUUGAACCAGCAGCUGAACAAAGAACAUCCCGUAGAAACUCGAGGAAGACACAGCCACCUGCUUUAAUAACCUCCUCUUCCAGCCAGAGUCAACAUGCCGCAGCCUGAAGCCCAGCAGACGGCUCCACGAGCAUCCACAGAAGCCACAGACACAGCAGCUCUGUACGUGCGGCGGGGGAGAACUGCUCUGUGGGUGACCAUUUCCCUGCUGGUUCUGGCUCUGGUGCUUCUGACUGUGGGUCUGCUCUCAGCCACCCGCACAGACAACAUUCCUGCUUCAGGAUAUUAUCCUGGCAUUGCACUCAGUUUUGGAGCCUUUCUGGGUAUUGUUGGCAUCUACCUGGUGGAGAACCGCAGACCCAUGCUUGUGGCAGCGAUAAUCUUCAUCAGUAUCGGAAUCAUUGGAUCCUUCCUCUGCGCCAUUGUGGAUGGGGUCAUUGCGUCAGAGUUCAUAGACAUUAGGCCUUUACAAGAGGGUCUCUGUGAUUAUUAUACCAGUGGAAGUGGCUAUGCUUAUGACAGCUACAGUGUAGAGAGGACAUGCAGCAAACACUGCACACUCAAAGUGAAGAGCAACACCUGCUACUGCUGCUACCUGUACAACUGUGAAAGUCCAGAGUACCACACACGCUACUACCAGUUCGAGGGGGUGAACAGCUGCUGGGAUGUGAUCCACAUGUACCGUCUCAUGUGGGCCUCUGUGGUUCUCAACGUAAUCAGCUUGUUCCUGGGCAUCAUCACUGCCGCCAUCCUGGGAGCGUAUAAGGACAUGGAGAAGCCAUGUCCUCAGGUCGCUCCAAGUCCAGCUCCUCCUCCUCACAUCCUAUACAACCCCAACCAGCACAUGCUCUCCUACUCCGGCUUCUGCCCCACGGCGCAGGCCCUCCCCGCCUACCCUAACUACCCCAUACCCAUGCAAAACACCAACAACUUCCAGCCACCUGCUACACCUCAGAUGAUCCCCGACGGAGGCUCCACCCCCUGCUCCUCCGAGGAGAACCAAAGCCAGAUGCCCUCCCAGGUCAACAUGCAGCCACAGGCGCAGGGAGCCACCCAGGACCCGGGGGGAUACAUGCUGACCCCCAACGCUCCAGCUCUGUACGGAUCCUCCUACAGCCCCUUCGAGAAACCCCCACCGUACGCCUGCUGAUGCAGCACAACUUAGAAGAAUUCACGAGCUCAACCAUUACAAGUCGAUUCAACGCGCACAUAAAGCUGCUGCAGACGAUUCCAUAAGAGAACCAACGUUUGAUCAUGUUUAGGAAGCGAUGCAGCAGCUGGUUUUCUCAAAAGAUGCAAGAAGAAAAAUAAAGCCUAAUUAAUCAGAAUCUUCAAUUUUUAUGCAACGAUAUACUAAAAUUGUUUAGAAAUAUCUCCUUUUGUGUUGGCGUUAAAGCUGGACUUCAGAUGCUGACACAAACAUGUUUCUGCGUUACACUUUAGCUACAUCCACUUAGAAGAAAAGGGCUUCACGAAACAUCUAGAAAUAAACCUUCUGUUGGUUCUGCUUUUGUGUAAAUCAUGUGCACUUUAAAGUCAACUCACUGUAUUAUUGAUGAUGCUUGUUAACUGUUGUGUACUCUUAGCGCCACUCUUAAAUCUAUUUGUUCUUCAUGUGUUGUGAAGUAAAGGGCUUUGAGAACGUAUGAGCUUAAACAGAACUCCACUUCUCAGAAAAUGUCUUUUUUUGUUGUUGGCACCUGCGUUCAGACGUUUUUUGUUUUCUUGAAACAAGCUCAACAAAAUGACACAAUCUUGGAAAUGUAUCAUCCCUGAGCUUCUCAUGUUAGCACUUUAGCACAAAUCUGAAUUGAUCAUUAAGUGUAUCUUGUAUUGUCUCGACUGUGCAUUGUUUUAAAGAUGUCAAACAAUUCCAUUUAAUCAUUGAGCAAUAAACCAUCUCUGCACUCAUCUUCCAGCAUGACAUGAUGACUUCCUGCCAGCACUAAUGCUAACCCACAAAAUUUAGCUUUACUAAAACAAGGAAAAAUAAAAGAGAAUGCGCACAAUGAACAAAAAGCUUUUAUUUUUUUUAAAUAGGAGUCUCACUGUUGAGGAAGGUCAGGGCGACUUCACUCAGCAUUGUACACAUACUGGCAGUUUAAAGUGAAAAAUAAAAACAGGAAUAAAAUAUAAUAAUAAAGUUCAAGAUACAACACAUAGGA